CGCGAACGGCGAGCACGACACCGACCGAUACCGGAAGUAGAUGGUAAAAGGAAUCAGUCGCAAAGGCAACUCGGUGCACGGUGCAGCGUCUUCUCUGUCGUCCGGAGGACUUUUCCCGCUCGCGUCGACACUGAGACCCCUUACACACUCGACCUCAUCCACCGGCUGAAGGGCAAACAAACAUGUCGACUGAAAAGUGUUUCGCCAAAGGAAGCGCUGCACCAGGUCCAGUACCCCAGGGAAACAUCAGGUUUUACAGCAUGAGAUUCUGCCCAUUUGCCCAGAGAACCAAAUUAGUGCUGAAUGCCAAAGGAAUCAAACAUGACACCGUCAACAUCAACCUGAAAGAUAAACCUGACUGGUUCCUUGAGAAGAAUCCUCUUGGUCUUGUCCCAACACUGGAGACACCUGCUGGUGAGGUGAUCUACGAGUCUCCCAUCACCUGCGAUUACCUGGAUGAAGUUUACCCUGAGAAGAAGCUGCUUCCUUCCUCUCCCUUCGGUAAAGCUCAACAGAGGAUGAUGCUGGAGCAUUUUUCUAAGGUAAUACCAUACUUUCGCAAGAUCCCAGCAGGAAGGAAUAAUGGCGAGGAUGUCUCAGGUUUGGAAGCUGAACUCAAAGAGAAGUUUGCCAAAUUUAACAAGGACCUGGUUAAGAGGAAGACAAAGUUCUUUGGUGGCGAGUCCAUCACAAUGAUCGACUACAUGAUGUGGCCAUUUUUUGAGAGGCUGGAGAUCUUUGAACUACAACACUGCCUUAAUGACGCACCUGAGCUGAAGAAGUGGAUAGAGUGCAUGUCGGAGGACCCAACUGUCAAGGCCACCAGGCACAGUGUGGACACCUACAAGGGCUUUUACAAGUCCUACAUUGAGGGGAACCCCAACUAUGACUAUGGCCUGUAGAAAAUACUGACCAAAAACUCAAAACCGUCCAUUUAUAUUCAUGUUUUUGGUGAUGGUUAUUGUGGAGCCAUGUAGGAUUUUUGUAAUGCAAAACAUACAAGAGUAAAAUAUGGUGAGUUAACACUUAACGGAUACAUCUGAAGGGAGAAAUGUGCUUGUAUUUUUAGAAUAUCAAAUCAUUAUAAUGGGAAUGAGGUACAGUAAUAGUAUGAUUCCAGAUGUUUUCAAAGACAUCUCAGAGUGUGGCACUUUUUCUAUAGAUGGAUGUAAUGACUGAUUCAGAAUUUUCAAUUACAAUAAAAAUGUUACAAUGUUUUCCCUGAA